ACACUGAUUAACUCAGAGGAAUGUGUUGCUUACAAAGUGGAACACGCUCCUGUUUGAGCAGGGGGUGACACAGGGUGAGAGACGGAGAGAGAGAGAGAGAGAGUAAGGUCAGGACACAAGCAGGGGUCUGUCUAAUCUGGCCCUCCCCCUCCUCAUCCCCCAUCCUGUUUACCUGCUUGAAGGGUUUGAAAGGAGCUCUGUGUGCGUGUGUGUGUCUGUGUGUGUGCGUGUGUGUGUGUGGUGUGUGUGUGUGUGUGUGUGUCUGUGCGCAAGGAAGGGGGGUAGGGAGAGUAGAUAAAAGGGACUGCCAUCACUACACCUCCUUCUCAGAGCAGCAAAGGGGAGCAAAAAGCACACAAGACGUUCACAGGGCAUUAAACAAAGCCGUUUGGAUCAGUAGGUGCAUUCACAUACAGACAUGCCUUGCAAACUCUGGCUUGCUUUUUCUGUGUGGCUUUUACUGCCAACCUCUGAUGCUGGAAGACAGAUGCCUAAACUCUCCGACAAGAAACUCUGCGCUGACUCUGAAUGCAGCCACCCUAUCUUGAUAGCUCGUGCGCUGCAGGAUUACUACCCUGGAGACUGCAGGUUCAUCCCCAUCAGACAGGGGCAGCUCGUCUAUGUUUAUGCAAUGCUGAAGGACAGAGGGAACCUCUUCUGGGCCGGCAGUGUACAGGACUCUUAUUACGGACAACAGGAGGCUCGCGUUGGCCACUUUCCCAGCAGUGUAGUGGAGGAGACACACGCUCUCAUGCCAGCCAGCACUGAAGUCAAGACGACUAAAUGGGACUUCUACUGUUACUGAACUGGCCAUCCCCAACGAAGAGAAUGACCUUCUUGUCAACAAAAUUACAAGAUAAUUAAAAUAUGUAGGCUUGCACUGCGGAUUUAGGGAGAUAUGGGCUACAGGUCUACUAGAUUGUAAUCAGAUUUAAACACGGGCACUUUCAGAAAUUAGGAUAUCAAACUCCAGACCCCUAUCGUCUGUUUUAUUGAUUGAUAGAAGUCUUCUAGCCUGCACUAUCUGUUCUCUGUUUUGCAGAUAUUUCAAGUAUUUUUUUUGUCAGUAUGAAAUAUAAUGUUUUACGAAGAAAAAAAAAGUGAAUUGUGUCUUCUUUUGAUUUUGUGUCGUGAUUAUGUGUCACAAAACGAAUAUUUGGCAACAAGCUAUCAGCUACAUCCAACACUAAAACAAAUGGCAGUAUUGAUGCAGAAAAUUAAAUGAAGAUACUUGCAACUUUUGUGUGACUGUUGGAUGUGUCUAGACCUGACAAAAUACAAAUAAAAACCUCUCUGAGCUA